CCGCCGCGGUUCCUGCGGUGUCUUCGCGCCCGAGGUCGCCCGCCGCCGCCGCCGCCCGCCUCGCGUGGGGAGCUUGCCGCACCCGGGGCCGCUGCACGGAGUCAGGGGAGGCGAAGAUGCUGUUUUGGCACACGCAGCCGGAGCAUUACAACCAGCACUCGACGGGCAGCUACCUGCGUGAUGUCCUCGCACUACCAAUAUUUAAACAGGAAGAGCCUCAACUUUCCCCUGAAAAUGACACAAAACUCCCUCCAUUUCAAUAUGUGCUGUGUGCAGCUACAUCUCCUGCUGUGAAGCUUCACGAAGAAACCCUGACAUAUCUCAACCAAGGUCAGUCUUAUGAAAUCCGUCUACUUGAGAAUAGGAAAUUGGGAGAGUUUCAAGAUUUAAACACAAAAUAUGUAAAGAGCAUCAUUCGUGUGGUUUUCCAUGACCGACGUUUGCAGUAUACGGAGCACCAACAGUUGGAAGGCUGGAGAUGGAGUCGGCCUGGAGAUCGCAUCCUUGACAUAGAUAUCCCACUGUCAGUUGGUAUCUUAGACCCCAGAGCCAGUCCAACACAGCUGAAUACUGUAGAAUUUUUGUGGGAUCCGUCUAAGAGAGCAUCUGCAUUCAUUCAGGUACAUUGUAUUAGUACAGAAUUUACUCCAAGAAAGCAUGGAGGAGAAAAGGGAGUGCCCUUCCGGAUACAAAUGGACACAUUCAAGCAGAAUGACAAUGGCGAAUACACUGAACACUUGCAUUCUGCAAGCUGCCAGAUCAAAGUGUUUAAGCCCAAGGGAGCAGAUAGAAAACAGAAAACAGACCGGGAAAAAAUGGAGAAGAAAACAACUCAAGAAAGAGAGAAAUAUCAACCAUCCUAUGAUACAACCAUUCUCACGGAGUGUUCCCCAUGGCCAGAUGUGCCUUAUCAAGUGAACAACGCUCCGUCUCCAAGUUACAACAGCUCUCCAAACAGUUUCAGCCUUGGAGAUGGCAACAGUUCUCCAACUCAUCAGGUGGAGCUCCUGCCUCCCAGCAAUGACCAUCUCCUUCCCUCUGCUUCUAUUCAAGAUGCUCAGCAGUGGCUUCAUCGAAAUAGGUUUUCUCAGUUCUGUAGACUCUUUUCAAGUUUCUCAGGUGCUGACUUACUGAAGAUGUCCAAAGAAGAUUUUGUUCAGAUCUGUGGUCCAGCUGAUGGCAUUCGACUUUUUAAUGCCAUUAAAGGAAGGAAUGUAAGGCCUAAGAUGACCAUUUAUGUCUGUCAAGAACCUGAGCAAAAUCGGUCUCAUCUUCAUCAGAAACGAGAGAAUGGAGACAGUAACCUGUGUAUAUACCACGCUAUCUUCUUAGAAGAGCUGACAACCCUGGAACUGAUGGAGAAGAUUGCAAACUUGUACAGUAUUUCCCCGCAGCAGAUAAACCGGAUCUAUCGGCAGGGCCCUACAGGGAUCCAUGUAUUAGUGAGCAAUGAGAUGGUACAAAACUUCCACGAUGAAUCUUGUUUCGUCAUCUCUACAUUAAAAGCUGAAAGUAAUGAUGGCUACCAUAUCAUUCUGAAAUGACCCAUCUCUCUAUAUAAGGGGACUUUGAACAGCUUUACAAUCCGAUGCCUCACCCCACGUUACUGUGACCCAGACUGGAAAUAUUGAAAACUCAGUUGGACAAAGUGUACCUUCUAACUGAAUGCCCUAAUGAAAAAUUUAAAGUGUGUAGAUUUCAAAUUGCUGGGAAGUAGAGAAAGUCUAGUUUUCUUCUUCCCUUUCAGGGCUUAUUAGCUUUAUGGUAUUUUGGUUCAUUAUUCAAAAUCAUGUGCCUUGUUAAGAAGAUCUUAAUACAAGCAAGUGUAAAAGCACGUCUCCCAAACUACCAGGGUCCAGAGUUGAGGGCUACUCAUUCUGGAAACAGAUGUUAUUUUACCUUCCCCAGUUAAAAUAUUGUUUCCCCUUAUGCUUUCCUCUCUUUUUCCAGGUGGUGUAGAGCAUCCAGUCAGCUUUGAAUGCUUAUAGUUAAUUUGUAUUGUUUGUGUUCCCUCUGAAAACAAAACUAUCAUUCUCUUAAGAUCCUUCCAUGAGAUAAUUGUUCCCUGUUGACUUUGACAAAACAUCAGGCAGAAAACUACUCCCUCCCUCACCAUCUUUUUGGGGUUUUCUCCUAUAUAACUAGAACCUACUUUUGCAUUUUAACUAUCCCCCCUCCCGCCUGCUUCUCAUGACUAAAGGGCUUCUAACUGAAAACAGGGCAGGUUUUCUCCUUGGCUGAAUUAUGGUCCUGUUUGCCCCCCAAAGUGCCCUGUGAUCUCCCAGAGAAAGAAAGGGGGCUGUCCUGAGCAGGCAGGAGUAGCAAAGGCUUCCUCUUCCCUGCAUCCCAGGUUGCUGUUGCCCGUGGGACUCGGGAGCGAAAUUUGCCUCUGGAAGAAAAUGAGCAGGUUGCAUGUGGGGGUGCGGCAGUCUCCUCAUGCAGACUGAUAUGACGGCUGAUCAGGGAAUGGUCUGACUAGGGAUUUGCUCAAGAGCUGUGGCUUACUUUUCCCUUGAGGGAUGAAUUGGCUCCAUUUAAAUGUAGAGCAAAAAGCUACAAGUUUGGAUGGGGUUUCCACUCAGGGUCUUACUGCAGAGUCUCACUUUUCCCCACACACAUCCCUGUGGAAGUGGCCCCUUGCUUCUCUUCCUAAGCUCAAAAAUAGUAGUGCUGCUAAGAAGAGACGGAAAGGUGGGGGAGCAACUUGGCAAGCCUUGGGUUCUAUCUGUCCUGCAAACGUGUCUCCUAAAGCUCCUAAGCUAACAGGGCAUAUGCUGUUUCCAGCAACAUGUAUGCAUUAGAUACUGUCUAUUCUUGUGAGGGUGAGAUUGUACCUCUUCUGUUACCAUUUGCUCUCUUUGAGUAAAAAUAUGUGUGUGGAUAGCAUAAAAAAGAUGCCAGCAGUCUGAAUUUGAAGUCUCCCAUAACUUCAGGAACUGUUUCAGCAUAGCUGUGAAGCUGUCAGUGAAAUUAUGUCUAUCUCAGAGAUUUUUCAGAAGUAUAGUUAACAUUAAAGCCAAAGAGUGAAUAUACUUCUAUGAUUUGUAUUCUUUCACUAGAAGGUAUAGGAACCUGAGGCUAAAUACAGAAACAUACUAUCAUGCUCAGUCACACUCUAAUUCAGCUGUUGGGUAUGGACAUUUCUCUUACCCAAAUGACCUCCUAAGGAACUUCAGAGCAUGAAUAGGAUCUCACAAGACCCAACCAUUUUUUUUCAACUAGGAAGUUGGAACAGCAGUCAUCUGCCCUAUUGGCAAAAUAAGCCGUCUUUGCUAAUCUUGAAGGCUUUCUGAAUGACACGGUUGUGCCUUUUCACCUCCUUUGUCACAAAGCAGGCAUUAAACAGCAUGAACUCUUCAUGUUAAAAUAUUUCUUAGUUACUUUGAAAAUGCCAUGAAGCUGGACAGAUGCGCACAAGGUGCUGUGUGUACGUGAACUGAUCCAAUGUGCGCGGUGAGUGUGCAGAAGCAGGCUUCUGUGCAUAGAUUUCUUGCUGGAUCAGGAACUGUGCACAUGAAAGCGCACUGGGCAUGUAGGACCUGUGGCUGGAGACCUGGGUGGAGCACCUGUGUCCUAUAGAGCUGCUCUCCAGAUUAGGACUUGUGUACGUAGAGCAGCCCAGAGGUCUAAUUGCCCCGUCUGUCGCUUCCUGGCAUCUGUUCCUGGGGUGCAGAUAGUCAGACCUGCAUGUGCAGUGCAGCAGUGCGUGGAGCCCCUUAGGUGGGAGCCUUCGUGUGUUGCCUUCUGCUGGCUCUUAAAGAGUGAAAGAAACUUUAAAAUGGCUACACUCCCUGAACAGUUUUGACAGGUACUGAUGUCACAAAAGAGUGUAUCCAUGAUUCAAAAUUAUAUUUAGCACAUUUGUAACGGCUUGGGUGUGUUGCAUUUCACAGAAAUAUGAAUGCUGUACUCUUGGUAAAGAUAAUCCUGGCUUCUAUCUGCUUUUUCAAUUAUUGCUUCUUAGCAGAUGGGUAGUUAAAUGUAGUUUGAAGAAAUAGGCUGGAUUAGCCUUGGUAUCUCAAGUAAACAAAUGCAAAGCUAUCUGUGACAGUAGCAAAGCCUUUUCCCAAGCUUAUUUGUACCUCUUAACUGCUGAGCUUGAAUUCCUAUAGCCCUCCAAAGGAAGAUGGCAGAGGUUGAUUGGGUGGUGUUGGCAUUGAUGCUUUAAGUGCCUCUAAACCUACAUUGAAAAAUGUUAUUUACCAACACACCAAUACUCUGUUUUACUUGUCGUAGUUUGGGAGAAACCAUGUGAACUUGGUAUUGGGACUGAAGCCUUCAGUAUGCGCAAGAAAGAUAAAUGGGCUGUAAUACUUCUUAAUAGGCUUGUUUCUCAGGAAAAGUAGCGUUAAAUGAGUGCCUAACCCUUUUUAUGUAUGUCAAAUUAAUAUGUGUGUUUUGGUUUUGCACCCACUUUUGUCUGGGGGGAGGGGGGCGCUCCUAAUCUAGUUUUGAUGUUUAUUUUUUUUCCAAUUGAUUGGGGUAGAUGUUUCUGUCUUUCAAAAGGGCUAUGGGUGUUUACUUCUUUCCACCUAUAUAAUGCGACAACCAUUUAAAUUGUGAUUCAAAUGAAGGAUGAAUAGAGGGGGAUGGAAGGGAGGCCGAGUAUAAGAAUUGUGAGUAAUACUGCCUGACAUUUUUUAUAUAUUUUAAAAAGUUUUUUAAUGCAUAUUUUGCACUGGCCGUUCUACUGUUGUACAGAAGAAAAGACACUGCUGUAUUUAGACUCUGUGCUCCAGUAAAAAAUGCAAAUAAACUUGUUUUUAAGAAAUACAUGCUUUUGGAGUGAGUGGACUAUUUAUUUCAGCCUUAUGAGGCUACAUCAACAUUUGUAGUGGUUCCUGCUUGUCUUUAUUUAUUAGAUUUAUAUCCCGCUU